GGUGACAGAGUAGAUUAUCCUCCUCUCCUCUCCUCCUCUCUGCCAGCCUCAUCAUGUUCAUGCUGCAGAUGUUGACUGUUAUCUCUCUGACUGUUAUUCUCCUGGCAUCUGUAGAAGGUAAAGGUGUGCAGAUGCAAAGGGAUGUCCAGUGUUGCAUGUUGUACUCCCAGGGCAAGGUGCGUACCAAGGAUGUGUUGCGGUUUGAGGUGCAGACGGAGGGGCCCGACUGCAGUAUACAAGCCAUCAUUCUUUACACAAAAAAGGCGGUGAAAUGUGCAGACCCCAGAGACCGGAAGGUGAAGAGGUUGCUGAGAAAGCUCCUGCAGAGACAGAGAACCAAGGCCCACCGGACCAUGUGGCUCCUUCCUCAUGACAACCUGCCCGUCAUGUCAGAGGACAAGAAAGAUAACUGGGAUGUUCUCAAUGUGGAGUGAUAGAGUGCCAUCAGAUAUGGAGGAACACUUAUAGUCAUAAGCCAAGUAAACUCUCAGCAACUCGUCUUCCUAAAACGACUGAGUUUGCUGACUCUCCAGUUGUCUCGUGUCUCUUUCUAUCUACACUAUCUGUCUCCCUGGGACCAGACCUGGGCAGCAAUACAUAUUUAACUGGCUUUAGAUAUUUAAACAUGAACUGUGCUUGAAAUAUUCCCAAACAUGUGGCUGGAACAGUCUCAACAGAGGAGUAUUGACUUGUAAGAUAAGUUGAACUGAUUUAUUUUAAAUGGCUCAUAUACUGUUAUUUGCCGGAGUCUGCCUGGAAGUUUCUCCCUCUGCAACCAUUACUACUUGUGGCUGAUGUGAGAUCAGUGGAAAAGUUGUAAUUUAAAAAAAUGAUAAAUGAGCAGUGAUAUUAAUAUUGUAUUUCAGCAAGAUACUUUAUACUUAUUUGUGACUUGUAAACCUUCAUUAAUGUGUAAUGACACUGUACACAGUAAAUAGAUUGGGUUUUGUCACAGUAAACUUAGUGUGCGGGAUAUUUUGGGAACAUGUCUCUGGCAUUGACUCGCACCAUGUUUUGUACAAUCCAGGUCUCAGUUAAGGUUAAAAAUCCUUAUUCAGGCUUUGACCUCCUAUAUUUGACUGUUAGGUGAAAUCACAGUGGGACCAGAGAGAAGAUUUUUACCUGGAUUCAUCUUUCUGUGUCACAUGAAAAGUUCCUGAUAUUUUGUCUGCUCUUUAUAUUGCCUGUUUGUAAACUCAGUGUGAACCCAGAGUCAAGCUUUUGAAAUGAGGCCCUCGGGCAUCUACCAUAUAUUUAAAUAUCUAUUUGCAGUUUACAUUUGUCUUUUUCACCAAUAGUCCGUUACUUAACUAUGCCAAAGUACUCAUGAUUCAAUUCACCACACGGCAAGGCUGUUGAAACUUAGAGGGCUCAAUUGUGUGUAAAACACACACACAAGUAUUGUAUUGUAGAAGAAUGCACUGUAUGUUAAAACACAGUAUCUCAA